UUUUUUUGGUCGGCGUUCCUCGCGGAUCACGCACGUCUGUACGGGGCAAACGGAGCACCGCUCAUAGGGGGUAGAUACGUCGCGAUUUCGCGAUAUUCUCGCGCGGAUCUACGCAGGCGGAAAGAUGAUGAUCGCGGCGGUGGCACCGCGUCUCGGUGCAUCGUGAUAUCGCAAGAUUCACGGCUCGAUGGUAUGCGGUGACGUCAUCCAAAUCUGCUCUGGAAGGAUCCAGCGAGACAAUAAUGGCGGAUCUGUACGCCAAGUACAACUGCACCUAUUGCCAGGAGGACAUCACGGGGCUUCGCGUCAAGUGUAUCGACUGCCCUGAAUUCGACCUUUGCUUGCAGUGUUUUUCCGCCGGUGCUGAAAUUGGUCAACAUAAAAAUAAUCAUGCCUAUCAAUUUAUGGACUCUGGUACAAUCAGUAUAUUCAAUGGCCGUGGCAAUUGGACAGCUAGAGAACAGUUGAGACUUCUGGAUGCUAUUGAACAGUUUGGAUUUGGAAACUGGGAGGACAUUAGCAAACAUAUUGAAACACGUACACCAGAAGAAGCGAAAGAAGAAUAUAUCGCUAGAUAUCUCAAUGGCAAUAUCGGAAAGUAUACGUGGCCACCCACAGAUAGCUAUGUACCAAAUCUUACAGAUCAGACUAAAUCCGAUCAUGGUCCUUUAUCGCCUGACCUCACAUCUAGAUUACCGCCAUUGGACAUUACCCCGGAAGAAGCCGCGCAACUGGGUUACAUGCCCCAGCGAGAUGAUUUUGAGAGAGUAAAAUCGGACUUUUCCAAAGAUUAUAAUCACGAGGCCGAAUCACUCGUUUCUUCAUUGUUCCUAAAUCCUGCCGAAGAUGACGAUCUUGAUAUCGCACUUAAACUGGCACAAGUUGAUAUGUAUACCAACAAUCUCAGAGAACGAGCCAGAAGAAAACGCGUCGUAAGAGAUUAUCAGCUUGUAUCAGCUUUCUUUGCGUUGAACAGAAAAGAUAAAGGAAUAAAGAAAAAAUGGACGAAAGAAGAAAAAGACUUUAGGGACAGAAUGCGUGUAUUCGCACAGUUUUACACAGCACAAGAGCACGAACAGUUCCUAACAAAUCUGGAAAGGGAAAGAGAAUUGCGGUUACGACUCUCAGAGCUUUAUCGAUACCGUGAAAAUGGUAUUACGAGACACGAGGAAUGUGCUCAUUUCGAGCAAUUCCUUGCACAAACUCAAAGACAAAAUGAUACAGUGGAUCAUUGGACUGAAAAAAAAUCUGGCAGCAGUGGGCCGUCCACACCAAUACACCGCAGCACCUCAAAAAGAAGAGAAGAAGAAAAAAGUUACUCUUCCAUCGACCGAAAAUACACUGCAAAGCAAGACUCAGCCAGUUCCACAGUCAGUCACAAUCGGACGACGACUCCAGCCAGUCAGUGGGCGGAGUCGGAUAGUAAUCCAAAUACUUCCAAUCAAUCGAUUUCCAGCCCCAGUUCCUCACAAGAGAAAAGUUACAGCAGUGGUAGUACUUCAAUCCAAGAGCGAGAUAUAGAAUUGGAGGCUGCGUCUCAUCUUUUAACAAAGCAAGAAAAAUCUUUAUGUAUUCAACUUGAUCUAAAGCCAACUCAGUAUUUGACGCAAAAGACAUUAUUAUUACAAGAAUAUUUAAACGGUAAUAGAAGAUCGAGUAUUGUACCUCAAUCAGAACCAGAAAGCAAAAUUCUUCAUUAUCUAGUAACUAACGGUUGGAUCACAGCCAACUGAUCAAACAUGUAAAAAUUUACAACUAUUUUGUCACUCUAAGUCAUCUCUAAUUUUGUAAGUUAAGUUUUAGAUAUAACUAAAGCUUUUAAGUCUGAUUCAGUUAAAUGUAAGGCAGAUGGACAGAAAACGAAAAAAAUGCAUGCGCGCAUAUUGUGUAGUAGUUGCAUUGUUGCUGAUCCUUCUUUUACACAGAAAUGUGCUAUGAUAACAUAAUCUGUUGUUUAAUGUAGGAUCAGAUAAAUUUACAAUCAGACGCAAUUUACAUGUUUAGCGUCUGUAGUACAUCUACCAAUGAGUUCAAAAAUACAGGAUGUCUGAUAAUUAUUGACACAGUGCUCAUGUGUAGGUAAAACAGGCUAAAUUGAAUCGAAAAGUUCUGUACUAUUUUACGAUCUUUGCAAUUCCAUCCCAAGCUUUUUUUCUAGCUUAUAUAAAACCAUCAUAUUUCAUACAGACUCUUUUAAAACAAAAAAUAAAUUUUAAUAUUUCAAAAAAGUUGUAUGUGCGGAAGAGAGGGAAAAAGAAAGGAAGAGGGAGGGGGGAUGAGAGAGUGAGUGAAUAAAUGAUCUUUAUUUAGCUUUUUCAAAUGUUUGCAAAUACAUAAUUAUCAUCCUAUAAUAUACUCUUUUAACAUUCACUUAAAUUGUUUGAUUCACACCGCUUUUUUUUGAUGGACAUGAAGUAUUACAUUCUUACUCCUUCGUGAAACAUGCUUUUUUGCGCAUUUCUAGUUCUACAGAACUUUAUUACAAUAUUCCUGGUCUGUUUUGGUUGUUUUUCACUAUCAUUUUUUAUUAUUUUUAAUCUAUUUCUUAACGCUUUCUGUAACAUGUUAUUUAUCAAAAUAAGGUGCUAUGAUUGACUCAUACACAAUACAUUUCGUAUAUGCAGAUACAAAAUUUCCUAUUUUAUUUAACAAACUUUUUUUCCUCAUUUUCUUUAGCAUAUAAUCAUAGUAAUCUUUAAAUCAGUCUAUGAUCAAUAAUUUAUAGCAAGAUAUUUUAUUGUUUCAACAUACUCUAUCUCAACUCUAUCAGAACAUUUCAGUAUAAUAUUAGCUAUUUGUUCUUUUCUUACGUUUCUGACUCAUAAACUAUCACUUCGUUUUUCUUACAUUCAUUUUUAACUUGUUUACACUCAUCCAUUCUAUUAUACUAAAUGCCUUAUUCAUUUUUCUUUCUAACUCUAUACUACUUUCAUCAUUUACACUUAUGAACGUAUCAUCUGCAAAUAUUUUUAUGCUGUAUUUUUUUAGACAUAUUCUUUGAUUAUGUCAUUUAUAUAUAUUAUAAAUAACAAAAAGUCCCAAUACAAAUUCCUGUGGUAUUCCAUAUUUAGUGGUCAAUUAUUUUGACCAUUUAUUAUUAAAUCUUGCUGUGCUCUAUUACUUAGAAUGAUUUUAAUCAUUCUAGAAAAUCAUUAGAAUGAUUUUAAUCAUUCUAAGACCUUUCUUUUCCUAAUUCCAUAUUAAUGUAGUUUUUUUUUAAUAAUCUUUCCUUAUCUAUUAUUUCAAAAGUGCGCGCGAGAGAGAUAGAGAGAACAAAUUAAUGAGUGAAAGAGAAGGAGCAAAUAUAUAUUUUGUUUAUUAUUUUCUAUAUUUCUUUUUCUUCUUUCUAUUUCUUUCUUAUUUUCUAUUAUAUUACUCGAUUACGAAGAUUUUUAAAUAAUAUAUUCUUUAUUUUGGAAAAAAGAAAAAAAACAACACGAGAUAAGAUGGUUUUACGUAAAGAUUCUACAUAGCAUAAACGUGGCUAUUGGGUUGUAGGAGUAGCAGUACAGAUAAAUGUCAACAACAAAUUAAUCUAUAAUGGAAUAAAAAUACGUCGUAACUUUAUUAUGACAAUCAGAAUGCACUCUUUGUAUUCCAUAAUAUAGUAUAACUAAAAACACAAUAUAAUGAAAAACUUGAGAUAGUUUGAGAGUUAUCACGCUCAUUUUCAUAUAUUGAUGAAAAGAAUGGUGACGUGGUAAAUAACAGCACUCUGGUUUAUUCUUACAAUUUACGUUGUCGUAGUUUUAAAAGAUGAAGUUGUUUCACAUUACACUUUACAACCAGUAAUACUAGCUUAUAUUAACUGCAUCUUACUGCGUUUCACAAUCACUUACGACUAUGUUUACACUAUUAUAAAAUGAUCUUCAGAGAAGAAAAACUUGGGAUGACAGAAUCGAGUACCUCGGGAUUUAUGACAGAAAAAGAUAUAUCGUGUAUACUAAAACAGAAUUUUCAUUAACCGCAAUUCUGCUGUUCUAUCUCUUCAAGAAAACAGAAUUAACAUAUGACUUAUUAAAAUGGGUUUGAGUUAAUGGAAUAAGACCAAGAAAAACAAAGAUUUUUUUAUACGUGCAAAUCCAUCUUCAAAAUUUGGAGAGAGAAAAAUAACAUCAUUUAGAACAAGAAAAUCAUAAUUUUGUUUUAUGCCAUUUUAUAGAUUGUUUUUUUUUUAUGUUGAAUAUUCACCGAUGAUAAAGUAUUAACAAGUCUUAACAAGUGUUCAAGUGCUUCUUUUUGUAGACUAGCUUUUCUUAUAAGCUAGUUAUGAACAUUGAGAAUAAUAAAAAAAGUUAAUUGUAACAAAUGUUGACAGAAUUGAUCCAUAAAAUAUUUUACUUAUCAUUUCCAAUUGAAAGAAUCUCUUAACACUGCCUACGUAGAGCCACUGAACGUAUUGCUCAAUUAAUUCUUCCAUUGUAUUAUUUCCGUGUGUAGAUAAUACUUGACUUUUCUUUCUGUUUUAAACGUUAUCAUAUUCGGCAAUAAGGAAAUAUCAAAAUUAUUCAUGUUUCUUCACAAAUUAUAUUCAUUUGUCAUGAUACAUAAAGCAGUAUAUUAAGAUGUGUCAAACUUUUUAGGCUACUAUAAUUUAUUCCUUUAAAUUAUUGAAAUUAUCUACUUUAUUAUAAUUGUUAUUUAUAUCAAGUAGAUAUAUUGCUAUUAAAAUAUUGAUAUACAGAUUUAUAAAUGAAAGCUGAAGAUGCAACAUAUAAAAAAAGUUUAUAAGAAAUUAGAAUGACGAAUCUCGAUAAUCGACAAUCGUGAUUAAUCUAUGUUGUAACAUGUAUCAUGCGUAACUUGUGCGACCUCUGAUUAUAUAAUUAUAUACGUGAUGCUAUAUAAUUAGAUAAUUAAUACACUUUUCUUUGGAAUAAAAAGUUCCUUAUUGACGAAGAAUGAUACAAGUAUACAUAUAUUUGACUAAUGUAAGAUGUAUAAUUUUGAAUAAUUUGUUAUUUGUAUAGUAUUUGUAUAUAUUGCAAAGGGACAUUUUCUUAAUGAUAACUGAUAACACGUUUUAGAUCAUAAAGAAUUACAAUUUUGCGGCAUAUAAAGUGUCGUUUUUAUUGAAUAAAAAAUUUUUAAUUUUUAGAUAACGAAAAAGAUAUCUAAAAGAUUAAAAUAUAAUUUUAUUUUAAAAGACAAAAUCCAUGAAACUUAUAAAUUGCUAGGCAUGUGUUAAAUUUUGUGAUAUUAUGGAAGCUGCCUCUUUUUUAAGAAACAUUCAUUGAAACGUUUCUUUCAGAGCAGUUUAGACAAAAUGUGUAGAAACCAUUGAGGGGAAUUAUCACUAUUUUUGCCAUACUUUGACAUAUUCAUAUUCUCUUCCAUUUGAGAUUAAGAAUAAUUUAUCGAUCAAUAUUACCAUACAAACAAAUAAUAAAUAGCAAAUUUUGUCGAAUUUCGUUGAAUUUCAUAUUUUUAAUUGCAACGUUAUCAAAGAGAUUCGGUUGGACUUUUUCUAAUUAUUUAGUAUCAAUAAAUGUGAUUCUCUUUACGAAACGUAAGAAACAAACAGCAUGAGCAUGUUUUUUGUAAUACAUGAUAUGAUAUGUGGACUUUUAUGUAUUAUUAAAUAUAUAUCAUUUUAACCAAUUGUCCCCAAAACUUUCACGCUUAUUAAAAUUAUACAUAUAAGUCUAAAUAGAGAAAAGUGUAUAUAUGGGUCCUAAUUAUGUAGAUAUAAAAAAGAGCCUAUCUGUUUGUACCUUUGACUAUCUAAUAUUAGAUAGUCAAAGGUUUGUACAUAACGAGUAAAGACCUACUCAGGUUUAGACAAAUUCUAUAUCAAUACUUUCUCUUUGUAUGCGUGCGUGCGUGCGUGCGUAUGUGUCUGCGAAGAGAAAACAUUUGUAUGACAAAGCGAUAUUGAAAUACAAACGAUCGUAUUUUCUAUAUCGCUCAUAUUUUGUAUAGAUAUUAAACAAAUACCUCUUCCGUUUAUCCGACUAUACUUGAUGGUGCAUAGCUAAUUAUAUUAUUGAAAUGGCUUCCUCUUGUAAGCGUGUAUAAACAUUUGAGAUCAGUGAUUAAAGAUCUCAUUGUUGAGAUAUGUGUAUAAUAAAAUCGAUAUCAUACAAUUAGCAAUAGUACAUCAACAUCGAAAUUUCCCCAAAAAAGAAUCAAUGGCUGCGUUAAGAAAACACAACGAUUGAGUAAAUCUUUAGUAAGAUUGAUUCUUGCCUUUAGAUCUUCGCUGGAUCAAAGUAUAGAAAUCAAUCGUAAUAAAGAACUACUGAAUGUUUUUUUAACUGAACGCACAGUCAUUCCUUAUGAAACAACUGUAGUCGGAUAAAGAAUAAUGUAUGAAAUAUGGCUUCGAUUAGAAUAAAUUGUCUGUAUGAUAUUCGACACGCGUCUUUUACUGUACGCACUAUUUUCUCAAUUGUACAACAAAAAAUUAGCUAUUUACAAUUUACUUAUUGAUGAUGUAAUCCGACACGGAUAUUCGUUGAACAUAUUGUGCGAAAUAAAUUAUGCGAUAUUUUCAUUUAAGAAAAA